ACGAACUGUCUACCGAUUCCUGUUUCUAUACAAUCCUCUUCUUUCCAUACAAGGAAUCACCACUACGACAAUGAAGUCGUUCCAAUCCAUUCUCGUAACGUUCGCGCUUCUGAUCGCUACCGCUGCCGCGUUUCGCGUGGCGGGCGGAGCCACCGGGGGUUCUUCCUUUGUGCUUUCCCGACGAACCAGCAUCGCGGUGGCUCCCCAGUCCAGCACGACUCGUGCGGCCGCCGGAGUCUCCAACAUGCGCAUGGGAUCGCAAGCCAAGUUCGGCGUCUUCUCGCCCGCCGUGUACGCCGCCAAAGUCGUGUUGGGACAGGACAAACUCAACAAAAUUCGCGGCAAGGCCAUUUCCCUCCACAGUCAAUACAUUGGCGAAUUCUGUGAAUGGGCCGGCGCCUACCACCUACGAACCAAACUCAUCAAGAAGGCCAAGGUGAAUGGAGACACUCUCGGUUUCUUGGUGUAAAAGACGGCGUCCUGGCACUCUGCUAGAGGAUAGUUUCGUCCUCUCCCCUGCGCCGGGGGGAUUUGGCCUUGUCUGUUUCUCCCGUCUACAAGUAUCUCUAGAAUAGUAGGUUUGGGGAGUUCGAGAAUGGAUUCGUACAUUCUUUAAAUCCCUGAUUGAUUAAUCAUCAUAAUCAGAACACCAUCCGUUAUCAUUUGCUG